AUGGCACCGAGCGACUCAAUUACGCUCGGAUUAGCAGUACACGAGGGGUUCCCCUUCUCCCCAAACCACUUCUCUCCUCGAGAAUCUGUACUCACAGUGUCCCUUGCACGCUCUCCACCUCGUGCACAAUCUACCAGGGCCUUUGAAACGCCUAUAUAAAGUGACAAACUUCCUCGGUGCUGCUGUAUUGGCGUUAAUACGGCAUCACGUUCCGGUCAGAUUUGCAAGUUCGACGAAAAUGAAGUGUCUGGUCGUGUUGGUAUGUUCUCUGUUGGGAUUCUUCGAGCUCGCCAACACUUUGCCCCAAGGUGCCACCGAAUACGAAGAUAUGUCCUUCUGGCUGAAAUCUGGCCAACAGAAUCUUCGAAGAAAUUUGGCUUAUCGAGAUAACGUGAAUCGGGCAAAAAAUGUGAUUAUCUUUAUCGGUGAUGGCAUGGGAAUAUCCACUAUCACAGCUGGUCGAAUAUACAAAGGCCAAAUCAAGGGUAACACCGGCGAAGAAUACAAAUUGGCUUUUGAAAAGUUCCCUAACACUGGAUUCGCCAAGACAUAUAACACCGAUAAACAAGUACCUGAUUCAGCUGGAACAGCUACCGCAAUAUUUUCCGGUGUUAAAUGCCGAUACAAGGUUAUCGGAUUGGAUACCAGAGCUUCGUUUAAUCAAUGUAACAAGCAAGUCAAUCAAAUAAGCAAACUUACAACUAUAGCAGACUGGGCGCAACAAACUGGUAUGGAUACCGGAUUCGUAACGACGACUAGGAUCACACAUGCUACUCCAGCUGGAUUGUACGCUCAUACGAAUAAUCGUGAUUGGGAAUGUGAUACAGCGAUACCGAAAGAAUAUAAAGAUUGUGUAAAGGAUAUUGCGAGACAACUAAUCGAAGACGCACCGGGAAACAAGUUUAAGGUAAUCAUGGGUGGUGGAGCGCAACACAUGGGUUUACCAAUGUCUGACCCGAUAGAUCCCGAUACAUGCGUCAGAGGAGACGGGCAAAAUUUAGCGGCCACAUGGUUGGAAAAUAAUCCCAAGGGGAAACUAGUGACUGACACCGAGCAGCUUCUCUCCAUUGAUAUUGCUAACACGUCGAAAAUUCUUGGAAUUUUUACACCUAGUCAUCUCCCUUAUCACACUGUGAAGACGAAUCGGACGCCAACUUUGGCUGAGAUGACUCAACAGGCUAUUCGAUUGCUUCGAAAGAAUGACAAUGGUUUCUUCAUGAUGGUGGAGAGUGGAAGAAUUGAUAUGGCUCAUCACCACAAUUAUGCUCAGCUAGCGAUGCGAGAGCUGUCAGAACUGGAGGAAGCGAUAUUGGUUGCAUUGCAACAAGUUAAAUUAGAAGAAACAUUGGUGAUCGUAACUGCAGAUCACUCGCACGCGUUCUCCAUUAAUGGUUAUCCGAACCGAGGAAACGACAUCCUUGGCUUUGCUAAUGAUCCAAAGAAGACAAAUGUACAACCCUACGAAACACUUAGUUAUAUCAACGGCCCAGGCUUUUAUCAUCAUAGGCGGAACGACAGUCACGAUAUCAACGAAACAUGGAUUCCUGUCGAUCAAGAUAAGACACGCAAUGAUCCAUAUUACACUCACAUGGCUGGCGUAUACUUGGAAGAUGAAACACACGGAGGCGAAGACGUUGGAGUGUAUGCGAUAGGUCCUUACUCUCACUUGAUCCGCGGUACUUUCGAGCAAAAUUACAUCGCCCACGUAGUAGCGUAUGCGGCGUGUUUCAAAAACUGGCCAUCCCACUGUGACGAAGCUUACAGUCGUUAUUUCUACGAAUUAAGCAACUCGGUAAAUCGUGCUACUAACUCACUUACUGUGUCUCUCUUGACGUUUGUGCUUCUUUUAAUUGUCGGAUUUAAUUAACUGAAUGCACUAACGGUACGAGCAAGUAUGUUUCUUCUUGUUAAUCGUAUUUUUCAGACUAUUCCUUCUUAUCCAAAAAUCCUGUGCCAAACACCUCAUCUUUCCCCUGUCUUCUUUCAAUUGUCAAACUCUUCCAUAUCCGAUACUAUUUCUUCUUCUCUAUUCUAUUCUUCUUCGAUUACUUCUUCUUCUUUUUCUUUUCUCUCUUCCUUCGAUUUUGAAAACAGUACAAAACACACACGUAUACCGUUCAAAAGUAUCCGAACUCUCGUUUAUUUUUUGGUAAGAUGUAGUUUAGAUGGACAAUUUAUUAAUUUACACGUUUAAAAUUAGUUUUAAAUAACUAAUAAAAUAUGCAAUGAAAUUAUUGACAAUACUUCAUAAUACGAGACAAAUUGUUUGUCUGAACAAAAGUCAGGCGAGGAAAAUUUGUCCAAGAUAAUUAAUUCAAAUCAACUUUUAGAUAAAAAAUUGAAUCAUUUCUCGAAUCAUUUCUCAUUGAAAAAAUAUAAUGAAUUUGUGCUAUGGAAGUGUAUUGUGCUAUAAGUUUGUUGCCAGUCGACAGAACAAUUCAGUUAUUACAAUAUAAUCAUUACAAUAUAAUAUAAUUAUUAUCUACGAUAUUAUAACCGAAUUGAUCCAUCGACUAAAGUUUUGAGGAAAGUAGGUUUGUAAAACAUAAGGUAUUUUUUAAAAAAUCUACAAAAUAAAAAAGAUCUACAAUUCUAUAAAAGGCCGCAAACAGACUAUAGAUAUUUGCUCAAAUUUAUACCAUUUAAAUAAUUUGAAUUUGUACAUGUUUGUAAAUAUUUUAUAUUUUCUGUUGUAAAUAGAACCUAAGCAGUAAUUUCGUUUAUUUACUGAAUAUUAUAAACCUUGGAUACGUUAUGUAUAUUCUUACAUACUUUAUGUUUUAUAUCUAUUUUUACAUCGUCAAAUUUCCCAUAAAUUCAUAAAACGCUCACAGUCUAAUAAUAACUAUUGCUUUCGACAAUUGAUUUGUCAUUAAUUUAAACAUUUCAUCAACAUUGUUGAUGAAUGAAUUAAAAUUUCCUGAUACUUGUGAAUGGUAUACACAUACACGUAAGCAGCGAAUAUUUUUGCAAGUAACUAAUUUUAACUAAAUUUAGAGCACAGUGUUCGACAAUACGAAUUGUCCUUUGUAUAUAAUUUUCACAAUUCAUAUUUCAAUAUUCGGCUCUACAUACUAGAGAUGUGCGAAAAUCUGAAAAUCAGGAAAAUAUCUGGGAACGAGUAGAAAUAAUAAGUUGCUGCAAUAUCUGAAUAUUUCUGCAUUGUGAAAUAUCUCAAUUCCUCGAAUAUAUUUUGAUAUAAUAUAAUCUGAUUGUUAUUAUUAAUAUAUAAUAUUUUGAUCAUUAACGAUUACGAUUAAUAACAAUUUUCAAAAUUAUUAAAUAUAAUUAAAUUAUUAAUAAGUUAUUAAAUCUCCCUAACACCGAGUAUGUAUACCUACGUAAUUAAUAGCAAAUUUCUUCUUCUUUAAUAUGAUUGGUAGUAAUUAAUAAUUAAUCAGUUUAAAUUCCGAUGAACAGAUGAAAUAUCGGAAUUUUCGAAAAUUUCGAGAAUCUGAAACACGUUUUGGCAUUAGCUUUGUUGAAUAUGACCAUUUUUUUUAUUUUUGAAACAUUUCUGAAUCCUAUGAAGUAUGAAAUGAUAAAAUUUCUCAUUUAAGAAAUAUGACGAGAGAUAAAGUAAUCCCGAAAUGUAUUUUUUGAUAUUUUCUCGAAAUGCUUUUGGGAUUCGUCACGAUUUUGAAAAAAAAUAUCAAUCUGAUCCGACUUAAUAUUUUUGGAUUUUCGCACAUCCCUUUUACAUGGUACAUAUAUAUUUAUAUACUUGCGUAUGUGCAUGUGUGCACAUUGGUAACGCGUUUGCAAGCGUUUCAGGACAUAGGUUUAAUUUAAUUAAUGCAGUUUCAUCUGUGAUAUAUACGCAAAUUAGCUGGUAACAAUAUCUGUAAUGUACUCAUUUUUUGAAAAGUGUGCAGUUUGCAUGCUGUAGAUGAAAUGAAAAGAAUCAAACAGAAAAUUAUUUAUGAUAUAUUGUAAUAUGAGGCGCUAAAGGUAAAAAUGUACUAAAUCCAAUGUUUAAUAAGUUAACAACAAGUGAUUCAAUGUUUAAAAUAAAUAUGAACACAAAAUAUUCCAUGCAAUAAUUAAUUUCAUUGUGUUGUCUAAGGUUUGAUUUGAAAAAGAAUGAAUUGUAUUAUUGGGUACAAGAAAAGCCUCAGAAUAUUAUAUAUUAGUAUUCUAUAUUGUAAUUAUUAAUGAAACAAGAAGAAAUAUUAAGUUUUUUAAUAUUAGAAACAGUGUUAUAUAUAACUUCAUUGCACAUGAGAAAUAUUGUAACUAAUUUUUGUCACUGAAGCGCUUUUUGCAUCCAAAAUCCAGUACAUUUUUAUACUAUUAAUAUAGUUUUUUGGAAUAAAUUAAUACAUACAUUGGAUUAAUCUAUUUUUGCUCUCAGUGUCUCAUAUAUGUUUUCAUUUGCUUGAUCUUCAAGGCAAGAACGUUCGUUUGCCUUGGUUGCCUUUAUCAUUCAUUUCAAUCCUUCUUCAAUCUUUUUGAGAAAAACUAAUACUGUUAAUACACGUUGCAACCAACAAAUAUUUAAAACAUACCAACUUAUUAUUUAAUUAGUCUAAUGUCGAGAAAUUAUACAAAUUCACAAAGAAUAUAUGUUAAUUAAGGAAAUAGACAUACACAGUGA